GCGUUAUGGACUGUGGUGAGGACGAUGACCUCGUUGGAUAGAUACAUACCUAUGAUAGACGCGAUUCUCUCGGCUUCCGAUUUCGAGCAGGUUUCAGUGAAGAGGAUAAGAAAGGCCCUACAAGAACUGUAUGCAGUGGAAUUUGUAGAGAAUAAAGCUCAGAUCAACGAGCUCAUUUUAUCACGAUUCCAUUUGUACGAGGAGAGGGAAUCGUCUGGAGAGCCUGCUCCCAAAAAGGUGAAGAAGCCAGUCGCCAAGAGAAAGAAACAGGUCAAGAGUGAGUCCACUGUCCCUAGAACGACCUCAAUAUCUUCGUUAGAGUUGAAUCUGAGCCCCAAACUCACCAACCUGCUGGGUGAGACUAGACUGCCUCGAACACAAGUGGUGAAGCGAGUAUGGGACUAUAUAAAGGAGCAUAACUUGCAGAAUCCAAACGAUCGAAGAGAAAUCUUGUGCGAUGACAAGAUGAGUGAAAUCUUUGGUAAGAAGACGACCAUGUUCAAGCUGAACAAAGCACUAAGUGCGCAUUUGUACAAAGAUGACGAAUGAACAAGUACUUGUAUUAUCAUACCUAAUAACCAGCCUGUAUUUAAUUGUUUAAUCAUUGAAUCUG